CAUUUUAGUUCCCCUCAGUGUCGUCGUAAGCGUGUGGCUUGACUUUACAACGUCUGAGCUUAAAUAUAUUUUCUAUCCUGUUCAAUUAGUUUUCUCGUAUUUUUCUUCAUUCAAUCGACGCCAGAAGACAUCAGCAUUCGAUUUAAGAUUCAAGGCGCGCUACAGCGGCCUACUAAACAAAACCACUGCGAAAGUUUCCACAAUAUCCAGAAACACAGCCAUGAUCACCAGAAAAAGAGGAAGAAGCAGCCUAAACCCUGACAUCACAUGUACAAGUACCUCCCACGAGAUUGAUGGUGUUUCGAAAACCAGUAAUACAAGUGAAACGGACAUGCAAACUUCCCCAGAAAGCGACACCAAUGAUUGGGGCCUGGAUGAUCUGCUUGGCUCCGGGUUCAACUGGGAGCUGGACAACGAAGUGCUUGAUGCUUUCGUCAACUUUGAAUCACAGACAGCGACCAGCGAUGAGACAGACCAAAGCACAGUACUUGACGUUGCCACAUCCCGCAGUAGAGGUGCAGUCCAGAUGUCAAAACUUCAAGACGUCUCCAGUCGGAUCAUCAACAAGAAUGCCUUUGCUGCGAGGAUGAACCGUUUAAAGAAGAAAGAAUACGUCACUGGCCUGGAACAGAGAGUUGGUUCUUUGACCACAGAAAAUCAUGUUCUCAAGCAGGAAAACGGCAAUCUCAACAAGAGAGUGGAAGAGUUGGAGAAUGAAACUAGGUACUUGAAAGCCGUGUUGGCCAAUGAGAGCAUGCUGGCUCAGCUGUUGUCUAGAUUGAGCGGUGUGAACGGCAUGAAAUUCUCUACCUCACUUUUCCAGGAAUCCAACGAGAACGACCACGAUUAUGCCAUGCCGAGGAAGAGGGUGAAGGUGGAAGACAAAGAUACUGCAGGUGGCGUCUGCCUGCAUGUGGACAAAGACCACGUCUCGGUGGAAUUCUGCACCAAAUGUGCAGAGAGUUCAAGCUUGUCGCAUAAAAUUUUUCUUCUAGGUGCUUGGUCUGCCAUGCUGGAUGACUGGGUCACAGAACAUCCUUGACUGCUGAAAUCCAUGUGGAUUUUGCUGUGGGGAAAGCAGAAGAAUCGGGACCAGCAGCUUGCAUCAUGGCCUGGUAAAUUUAAAAAAAGGUAGUACUUGAAACAGUGUAAGUUACAGUUUUACUGAUUCUUUCUCACACCCCUAAAGACGUCAGAUGCUGUCCCGCUCAUUUAUCAUUUAAAUGAGUGUUUAAACUCCUGUUUAUAGUAAUGUUUUAUUACAAGACAUUGAACAUCUGUCUCAUAUCCAUGUUUCAUCUUGAUUUGUAAAAGCACUUGGGCUUUAUUUGACCGUUGUCAGGAGAAUAAGUAUGUUCUGAAACAGCAUUUUUGAAAGGGUCAUGGGUUUUGAAUAUGAACAUCUAUAUGUGAUAUGUAAUGGAAAUCCAAAGACUGCAGGCACAUGGCUGCAGCUGUUUUGAAAUGAAAUGUAAUAAAUGUUCAUUUGAGGAAUGCAAA